GCAUUCAGUGGUCAGUCUGAAAGCUGAUUUGAUUAUAGUGCUCCACUGGCCAAGUGUGGGUUGAUCUUUUGGCCUUAACUUUCCCAAGCCAGUUAUAGGGGCCUUACAGUUUAUCGUGGACUAGUUCAACUCGUCUUUCACUGUGACAAAUCAUUUCCAGGAGGUGAAUCAAGCUACAAGUGAUACUUUGGACUGAACCCAGACUUUUAUAUUUGUGGUCUGACAUUUAUCUGUUGAGCCAGGAAGUAAUUGUACAACAAAAUACAUGAGCAUAUCUAUGAGACAGUACAGAUAUUCCUGGGUAGGACAGUGUGAAUACAGCUUCAGCCUUGUGUAAUUGGUUUAUAUUACAAUACAUUGGAAAUAUUCUGACCCCUUGAGAUGCUGUUGGUUACUUGCACAAUAUAGUAGAGGUAAACCUCUGUUUUGUGUUCAGAUUUUUCCAAGUAACAAGGUUAUUUAUUGGCGUGUUCACUCAUUAACAUAUAUAUGUGACUUUUAGCUUGCAUAAUUUCUUUGCUGUCAUUUAUUGUCAGCCUUGAUGGAGUGAAUGGAACAGGUCUCGCUAAUGUUGCCACUGGAUAUCUUCCAUCUUGCAAGUCAUUCUGAAUUAAGUCCAAAAUUGACAUAUUUCAUUACACUCGUAGGUAGUCUGAAUCUGAAUUGCUGAACCUGUUUAGCAAUUGGGGCAUUUUAUGAACACAAUUUAUUUUGAGACUCCCACCUGGGUGUGCAAAAAUGGCAGAAGGAGCUAAUGAUGCAAUUGCAUCGGCAGAGAAUGACAUACUGAAGCAGACAACUAAAUUUACUCAUGAUUGGUAUCAGACAGAGACACAUGUUGUUGUUGCAAUAUUGUUCAAAAACACAAAGUUUGAGUCUAAAUCUGUGAAAGUAGAGUAUGGUGAACGAAUGCUUAGUGUCACAGCAAAACUUGAAAAUGGUGCAGAUUACAAUAUGGAGUUGGAUUUGGCACAUUCAAUUGUGCCAACUCAGUCAACACACAAAACCUUCACAACGAAAAUAGAGAUAAAAAUGAAGAAGGCGGCAGAUAUCCGUUGGUCAGUGUUGCAAGGGCAGCCACAAUACCCAGAGGCAGCCGUGGCCCCUAUUCCUGCAGCAAUAUUGAGCGCCGGUCCGCCAAAAUAUCCAAGCUCAGCCCCAAAAUCAAAGGACUGGGAUCAAGUUGCUAAAGAAUUGGAUGACAAUGAGAAACCUGAAGGAGAAGCUGCACUGAAUGCCCUCUUCCAAAAAAUCUAUGAACAGGGUUCGGAUGAAGUCAGGCGAGCUAUGAACAAGUCGUUUCAAGAAUCUGGUGGCACUGUUCUCAGUACGAAUUGGGGAGAAGUGGCAAAAGAGAAGGUGGAAGUAAGGGCUCCUGAUGGGCUGGAGUGGCGGAAGUGGGAUUCAUGAAGAAAAUGAAGAACAGUGUUGUGUUAUGCUUGUGUAUUUAAUAUAUUUUUGUAUUUUGAAAGACUUAAUAGUGGAAAAACCAGAGAGUAUAUACACUGUAUAGUGGUUCUUCAUUUCACUUUUAAAAUAUUGACAAAAGUCAGAAACAGAGCUGCUGUGGGCACAUUAAACUUUCUUAACAUUUUUGUGCAUGAUGAGUUAUAUGGUGGCUCUGGUGUGCACUUACUUUGGAUUUAGUAAAGAUCCUAUAAAAUGAAUUCUUACAUCUGGUGCAAAGCUCAUAAUGUCUCAUAAUUUUGUUAGUCUUCAUCAUUGUUGUCUUAUCUUGUAAAUUUGUACAAUCUUUCUAAAUGCAUGCUAAUUUGUGUUUGCUUCUUUAAA